CAUCCCAUAAGCAGUCCAUCCCAUUAUUUACAAGCACACUACACACCACACAACAGGCAGCAGAUAUGUUAGAAAAGGCAUAUACAAAUGCGAGUGACACUGUCAGGCAAACACGCCACCCCAAAGACACACACCCAUCCCCCCUCCCCCUCCCUCACUGCGUCACCACCUGCAGUAUCUCGAUCUCAUCCGCCAUGAAGUAGGGCGAAGGAAAGCUACCCCCCGUGCAGAACCUAGGCAGCCAUUUGCUGUAGAUCUUCUGACAACAGCUGCGGAUGUCGGCAGCUGGCCAGCCACUGGAAUGGCCGUGACCCAAUUCCAGAUACCCACCGACCUCCACCUUCGCACCACGACCCACACUCCCAUCCCUCCCCGCCACAUACACACACUGAUAUCCUCGGUGGAUGUCUAUCUUGGUGGGCUGGGCGAAGUGCCCGGCCAGCGAAAACCACCACACAUCACACUCGUACUUGCGCCUGGCGGUGGGGUCGUCGGGCUCCUGAAGGCCGUCACUGAUGAAGACGCCGAAGACGUACUCGUCCUUGCAGAUGACGAACACCAGGUCCCACUCGUCGCCGACACACCGGAGCAAAUCAUCGUACUUGGUGCCAUCACGCGAUGCCCUGAUGCACAGACAUCCAGACACCAAGGAAGAGAGACAAGCCAUGCAUCUCUUCCUCCACUACAGCAGAUGUCCGUCGACUGCCUACCGGUAGAGCAGCCUCAGUUUUGUGUUGCACCCCAGCCACUCGGUGAACAAUCGGUCGAGCUCGUCUUGGCCACCGACCACAGCAGCAGCAGCAGCAGACACACUACUAGACGAGCCUCGACCACCUGUGUCCGUACACAAAUCCAUCCAUCCAUCCAUCCAAUCAGAUGAGUAUACGGCCAGGCGGGUGGACGUACCGGCUGGCGGUGCUUGUGGGUCAUUGACAAACGGGCUGCCGUGGUCAGCCGACGACUGCACAUCGACACAGACGCGGCAGAGAGCAAUCAUAAGUGCUCUCGUCGCCUGUGGCUCUCGCAGAUGUGCGUACCUGAGGCGUGGGUCUAGACGAAUGGCUACGCAGUCGAGUCGAAUGGCUACUGGAACGGCGCUGCAUGGUGGUGGGCCGUUCUCUGUAGUGCGCCGUGUGGUCGGCGGGCCACUCAUCCAAGUAGAUGAUGCGGAUCUCACUGGGCUUCUCCUUCAGCUCACCCCUAAACACACACACAGAGAGAGAGAAAGCUGAUGUGACACUUGCCGAGCGUCUGUGGGUGGAGAGAGGGAGGGGGAGCCUUACGCCAUAUUGUCCUUGUAUCCAACGAUCGCCACUCUGAGGCCCAGCUGCAGGCAGUCGUCGAUGGUGUCAGAGAAGUCCUUGUCGCCCGCAAACCUGAAGCAAUGCAUUCUGCCAAUGCUCCCUCGCUCUCCUCUGUGUGUGUGUCUGUGUGCUCACAGAACUAUCGUCGUGAUUCCGUCACUGCAGCCGUCAGCUGAUGAAGACGCCGCCGACCCUCUUGCACCGAGGCGCGAGUUCUCUGACACGGCAACCGUCACACACGAGUCAUUCUCCACCUUUUUGGCCUUGCUCCGCUUUCUUACCAUAGGCCGUUUUGAGCAUCCGGCGGACUAUCAUGACGUCGCCGCCCUGCACCCAACCUGACACACACACACACACACACACACACACAGAGAGAGAGAGAGAGAGAGAGAAUACAUAUGAGACCGCCCCGCACUCGUGCCGAUCUCUGUCCAUCCCGCUGACCUUGGAGCUUUUCGCCCCGUUCGCUGUAGCCGACAUUCUGCUUCUUGAAGUCGCAGAGGGCCACAGUGACUCGCGACUUGAUGCGCUGCUGGUGACGCAGCUCGUUGUGGAGCGUGAUGCGCUUUUCUUUGCUGUCGCUGUGCCUCCCACGAGCCACCGUCGAGUACCUACACAAAGCACAGGCAUGAGAGCACUCUGGCGUGAAGCGGUCUGUGUCUGUGUCUGUGUGUGUCACCAUUUGUCGGGAUCUCCGUCAACGAAGUGGGUCUGCACGUUCUCGACUCCCAGCGUGUUCGCCACAUACUCGAGCAUGCUGAGGAAUGUGUCAGCGCUCAUAGCAGACCCCCGCCUCUCCUUGAAGCUAUCCUGCACACACCAACAGCACCCAGCAACACAUGAAUGCAUCGUUAGCCCAUGUGUCUGUGUGACUGUGUACGCGCCUGUAUGUACGCUCCAUCGACGAUGAACAUGGCUUUGGGCUUCGUCGACGCCAUGCUGCUGAGGAUUCGUGACUGCACUGUACACGUUGGAUCUGCCGCUUCAAUUCGAUGUGUGCGGACCGGUCAGGCCCAACGACACCCAGUGGAACGACACAG